AAAACGAAGAAGAAUGUGGUUAUACUAAGAUUUAAUUUUAACUUUGAAAACCUGUGGAUUAUUUAUGCAUUGAAAUUUUCCAAAAAUGAAAGUCAAACGCUACAAAAAAGUAAAUAAAAAUCUGCGAUUCUUUAUAAAUAAUUAUGGUUUUCGACAACCAUACCAGAUUUUAACAGAUGGAACUUUCUGUUACUGUGCUUUAAAUAAUAAAAUAAAUAUCGCUGAUAAUAUUCCGAGAUAUCUUCACGGAGAAAUUAAGGUACUCACCACUCAAUGUGCAAUUAUUGAAAUGGAGAAUUUGGGUUCGAAGUUGAAUGGAGCAUUAAAAAUAUUGAAGCAGUAUGGAGUACACAAGUGUGGUCAUGAGGGCAAACCAAUAUCUGCAGCGAAAUGUUUUUUAAAAAUGUUGGGAAAUUCAAAUGAGAAUCACUAUGUAAUAGCUACACAAGAUAGAGAUUUACAAAACAAAGUUAGAACAAUACCAGGAGUACCAUUAUUAUAUUUACACCUAAAGACUCCUGUACUAGAGAAGCCUUCAGAUGUAUCUCUCAAUGAUGCCAAGAAAAAAAUUUCAAUUUUAUGUGAAUCUGAGAAAAGAGAACUGGAAGAAUUGAAAAAACAAAGUCAUAUUGAUGAUAAACCAAAGAGAAGGAAAAGGAAAGGGCCAAACCCACUUUCUUGUAAGAAGAAGAAAAGUAAACCUACCAUUAAUAAUCCCAUUACCAAAAAAGAACCAGUAGAAAAAAGUAAAAGAAAAAGAAUCAAAAUUCCAAAGCAUGUUAGAGAAAUGUUAUUAAAGACCAAUGAAGAGAAGUAGUUGAUAUAACUUUACUUGAUGUUUAAUUAUUUAACUUUUUUGUACUUAAUAAGACAAAUCCAAAUAAUGAAGCCCAGUUUUGAAAAACUAAUUUUUUGUGAUAUGAAUAUUUUUUUGUGAAUGAAUAAAAUAUUUUACAAAGUUAGAAAGUUACUUCUCCUACUAAUGAGACUGCAUUUUGAAAGAAUAAUAAUAAUUUAUCCCGAGGUAAUAUAAAGAGUGAUGGCAUUUUUACUACUAAGUUUUAACCUUAGAGAUAGGAGCAGCUCUCCUAAUUCCUACUGUAGAAUUUUUACUGGUGAGAAUAAUUUAAUUUGGUGUUUCACUUGCUAGCAGAAAAACAAACAUUUUUAUAGGUAUUUAUUUCAAUUAUUUUAUAAUAAUUUUCAACAUUGUCAAAUACACAGAAGUCUACUAUACAUUUUUCUCAUUCACAGUAGGUCGGUUUUUUCUAUUCACUACAUGCCUAUAUAUGUAAUAGACCUGUUAAUAAAUAUAUUAAAUCUACAAAUAUUAACACACAGUUAUGUUUACAUAUUUUACGAAUACCUUUAUAAGGUUAUUGUAUAAUAAGUGUCUUUACUUUUUAUACUAUAAAAUAAAAAUAUUAAAAUGAAUAAAGUCUUUAAUAAAAUUAAAAUAUGUAAGACAGAGAAUAUUUUAUUAAACUUUAUAGUAUAAAAAUUAAUGACUUUUUUCAUAAUAUGACUUAUUUUAAACCGAAUUUGAAGUGUGACACCACCUAUUAAUUUAAUGAUUUCCAUCUGUUUUUAUUCAAAAUCUGUUUUAUUGUUGAAUCAAGGUUUAAGAAAAAGAAAACAACUUUAAGGUAGUGAUAUAUUUUUAUAUUCCUUUAAUUCAAGAUAUUUAUUUUGAGAAGGGCCAAACUAGAAAUAGACAUCCUUUUUUAACUACACUUUUGUUAUUAAAAAUACAAAUAUUUUCACUAGUUUUAUUACGUUUUCAAAUUUGUCAGUUUAAAUGAGUCAUAUUACAUAUGUAGGGACACCCUGUUAAGUGGAGCUUAUUCUGUACUGAGAAAAUAUCUUAAUUUCAGUAAUAUAUUUUCAAAAAUUACUACUGUAAUUAAAAAAAAGUAAAUUUCUAGAGACAUUUUAUUAUAAAGUUAUUUUUUUACAAAACGAUCUUAAAUCAAAUAUCUCAAAUAAUAAAACUCUACCACUACACUAUUUGUUUAAAUAAUAAUUUUUCACUAUUAUCAAAUUUCUAGAUAUUUUCAAUUUGUACAUUUUUGGCCCACUGUAAGUGUCUUGGUGAUACGAAAAAAUUCACAGCAAAAUAGUUUGAUAUAAAAUAGGAACAAUACUUGGGAUGAUUUAUUAUAGCUACCUAUAUAUCACUGUAAAGUAAAACUUUAUUUCAACAAAAAUUCCAAUUUAAUUAAUCGGAAAAAGCUAAAUUGCAAAAUUUAGGCCUGUGCAGUUCAUCACAGUGGCAGUACUGGUUUAUACAUUAAAAUGUAUUAUUCCAAAUAUAUCGAAUGUUGAUAAUUGGAUGGAUAAAGUUCGUUAGUCGUGUUACCAUAAUCAUAUAUAUUUUAUGGGUACCUACCCACCAUUUUCGAGGUACACUGUGAUACAUAUUUUGUUCAGUAUGUAAGAAAAUACAGGUUUCUGAAAAACUACAUUGACAUUGUCAGGAAUUGUCAAAAUUUUCUCUCUGUAUUUUAUCUUUUAUUUGGGUCUCGUACAAAAUUACAAAAUAUGUUAUUUUGAAAUUCCUUUUCAAUUUACAAAUUUUAUAUUGAAUUUCUAUUUUCUUAAUCAUUUAUCAAUGUAGAGGGUUGCAAGGCGAAAUUUCAAAAUAUCUGUAGUUUAUUAAAAAAAAAUAUAUAUUUCAAAGAGAACUGCAACAAUACUUAGAUUAAAAGGUGAGUAAACAUGUUAACAAACAAACUCUUUCGAAAAUUGUAGUCAUUAUAAAAUUGAAGUAUUGAGUGGAAACAAAACAUUCCUGGCAUUCUUUGAAGUCUCUCUAGGUCUUAUAGUGAAUUAACAUGAA